GUAAUGUCCUGGCGGUAUCUGCCUCGAAUUCUAGUCCUUGUGACCCUUAUCAUAAGCACAGCUUACUGCCAGAAUUGUAACAAUGCACCCACUGAAGCCUUGCAAAUCAUUUGUAGCCAAAUAGCAGCAUGGAGUGCAAAUGCCAGGAACCAACCUACGAUUUCAACAGCUUCGGUGUCAGCUCCAGCAGGCCCCGAUACUAGUCGAAUAAGCACACUGGCUGUUUCGGAAAAUCCUAGAACCGCUUACGAAUGCAUGGAUAUCGCUUGUCUGUGUACUUUCUUUGGUGGUACCGGUGGAAAUAACUGUGUUCUACCCGGUGGAGCACGUUUGGGACGCGCACUACGCAAGGAAUAUCGUGUGAUGACGGAUGCGGAGAGGAAUAGGUGGGAUGAAGUAUAA